UCGCGUGCGGCUGAAAAUCGAUAGCAGGCAACGCGCGCUUCCACAUAUCAAAUUGUAACUGUUGCUCGAACUACUGGUGUUGCAGUAGCGCGUUCGAGUUCCGUUCACACAGGUUCACUCCGGAUAUACAAGCAUACAUACAUACAUAUGUACGCGUGGGAUUGCGAACGAAGCUGAAAGUGGUUUUUCCUGAAAAGUAAAAGCGUCCAACUACUACAUAACCCGACACGUUUGCCACCACGCCAGGCUUUCGGCAUCCCAUUCCGCCAACAUCGCCUUGGACUUGUACGCCUAACGACAUUGAAGUCGCAUUUGAAUUUUGAACGAGUUCGCAACUUCAAGAAGGAAAAAAUCGUUAUUUUUUAUUGUGAAAAAUUGUUACAACAAAAUUAUUCGCAUACAUUUACAACUGAGAGUUAACGCAUGCGCAGUAUUUUGUUAUUUUUGCGCGCAACUGUACGCGCGUUCAGUCAGUCGCGAUUAGAUAUUGACAGCGUCAGGACGCGAUUAAAAACUUUGCACGCGCAUUGCUCAAACGGGAAGUAAAUAUAUAUUCAACAGGAAAUAACUGUUAAGGACUCAUUUGCAAGAAGUGUGCGGAAAUCAAAUAAAAUAGCAUUUUUUGUUGUAAUAAGUAAUAACAAUCCAGUGCAGUGUUAUAGAGACACAUUUGAGUUAAAUAUGAAUUAAAUACUAGGAAGCGUUUUAAUAAAAGAAAUUCACAAUAAAUAUUUAUAAAGACAACAUUGGCAAGUCUUGAGAUUGCGACAGAAAUUUAUAAAAUUUCCAAAAUCUCUAUUUUAAUUUUAUUUUAAUCAACAAAUAUGUCACGUCUCUACAUUGCCACAGUGCUACUGCUGCUUGUUCCCUCGGUAUUGUCAGCGAGCACAUUUUUCACCGUUACAUCACGCAAAGUAAAGCGCACAGGAAGCUAUUUAAGUGUACCACCCCCACUGCCACCACACCCCCAAUCUCAAUCACACGCUCAAUCUCAACCUCACCAUCCACCGCCACCUCAACCACAGCCACAACCAUCCCCGGCCACUGCUGCUUCACAUCGUGUGGAACACGAGCCUUAUCCCUACGAAGACAUUAACGAGCAUGAUUAUCACUCUCAGCCAGAAAUAGACCAUUACGAAACCGAUUUCAAGCCCACACAAACACUUUCACACUCCAAUGUGCACAGUGCCCCCACCUCUUCGAAAUUUCUCAUUGACAAUGGUCUCCGUAGUAUUGCCAAAGGUUCCGCCGAUCAAGCAAACUCUGCAGUUGCCAGUCAAAAUGCUGCCGGUAAACAAGCCGCCUACGUGGCGAAGAGUACGCUAGCACAGGCGGCCGCGCAAGCAGCCGGUACCGCAGUGGCUGUGCUCAAAGGUAAGGAGGUACUUUUGCGACGACUCGAAGAUCAAAAUGUAGACGAACACAAAAACUUGGAAGGCGAAUUGUCGCAACUGCAACAGGCGAAACGUUCGGCCAAGACGGCGCAAUAUGCCGCACAACAAGCCAUUAAUCACGUAUCGGUGCUAACGGCGACGCUUAACAAUGCACAAUCUGCUGCGGAGCUGACACAGAGGGCAGCUUCUGAGGCAGCUGCCGAGUUGGCAUCACAAAUUGAUAUGGUGGCACAGGCUAAAUCGAAGUUGGAACAAAUAGAAUCACAACUCUACACUGCGCGUUUGGAUUAUGAGGAGACCAAGGAAGCGGCAGAGAAGGCCACAUCGUCGGCGCAAGAGGCGCAAAUCAAUGCUAACGAUGCCGCAGUGCAUGCGAACGUGGAGCUCAGCGAGUCGGUGAGUGUGGAUGCGCAUGAUAAAAGCGAUUACACUGUGGGCACGGUGCUUGCCGUGGACUCCGUGCAACAUGGCAGCGUUGAAGGAACGCAUAAGAAGAAAUAAUCUCGU